CAAGUCACACUUAAGGAGGGAGACCAGUAGAUAUAAUAUUGCUGCUGUUAAUGUACUAAGUUGAAUAUAUUAUAUUAUUCAUUUAUUAGCAAUUGAGAGUAAGAGCACAUUUUAGUAAUCUAGAAGAACUGCUACUGCAGAUUGCAUUCCUGUUUUUGGAAAAUGACACCCUCCUUGCAACAGUUAUUCAGAGAUUACUUAUCCAAUUGGCAAAUUUACAAAAAUCGCCUGGUAGGCAAAGAUGGUCACUGCAACAUUGAAUAUGGCAACGUAGGUUACAGCAGUCGUUUUGCGUACAUGCAGGACCUCUGGACCACCUUUGUGGAGAUUCGCUGGCGCUACAUUAUUGUCUUAUUUGUGGCCUCGUUUACUCUUAGCUGGUUCAUUUUUGGACUCAUUUGGUACUGGAUUGCUCAUGACAAUGGUGAUCUUUGGUGGCAAAAUCCACCUUCAGACCACAAGCCAUGCAUAUAUAAUGUUUUUGGUCUCACAUCUGCCUUCCUCUACUCACUGGAAACACAGACGACUAUUGGUUACGGUCUGCGAGUUCUCAGUCCCUACUGCCCUGGUGCUGUCAGCAUAAUUAUUAUCCAGUCCAUCAUUGGUAUACUUAUUAACAGCUUCUGGUGUGGACUGGUUAUGGUAAAAAUUGCUUUACCCAAGAAAAGAGCUAAGACCAUUACCUUCAGUAAAAUGGCGGUAAUUUGUCCCAGAAAUGCUGCCCUCUGUUUGCAGAUAAGAGUGGCCAACUUGCGUAAAACCCUAAUGAUUGGAAGCCAGCUAUAUGGCAAACUGCUUAGGACAACAGUCACUCCAGAAGGUGAGACAAUAAUACUGGAUCAAGUCAAUAUUGAUUUUAUGGCUGAUGCUGGAAAAGACAACCUCUUCUUCAUUUGCCCGUUGACCUUGUACCAUGUAAUUGACAAGACAAGUCCAUUUUUUAAGAUUGCCUCAGACACAAUACUUCAACAGGAGUUUGAGCUGGUGGUGUUUCUAGAUGGCACAGAUGAGUCCACCAGCUCCUCCUGCCAAGUCAGGACAUCCUACAUCCCUAAAGAGAUUGGGUGGGGUUACAAAUUCCUCCCCAUCAUCUCUCGUAGUAAAGAAGGGAAAUAUUGUGUGGACUUCUCCAAUUUUGACAGAGUGGAACCAGUUCCAACAGCACACUGUGCCAGCUGCUUCUACAACGGCCACAACCAACAUCAUAGCUCCAGAAAUGGCAUUGAAAACCAGGGUUUCGAAGUGAUUGAAAUUAUUGAUCAAAUCAGUGCUAAUGAAAUGUAAACUGAAACUCUGAAAUCAAAAUGUGCAUCAUUUGCUCUAUCCCUAAAUGUUUUACAGCAAAUAAAUAAAUAGCACAAGUAAACACCUGUACAGCAAAAGUAGCCAAAAAAAUUUUAAUAUGUGCUGUAGGUUUCCAAUUUUCAAUUGAUUAAAACAAUCAUCAUUAUAAAAGUAUAACUAUUGCAAAUUAGUGCUUGAUCCAUGAUCCAUUCUGCCUCUUGGCAGCAUAUAAGUAAAAAAUCUAUACAUUAAUAUAUAUCAGAAUUAAACAUGACUAGCUUUUACUGGUAUGAUGUACACUGGAGUCACAAAACUGUAAUUUGAUUUAUUUGAACUGGGAAGAAUCACUGAGAAAAUGCUUGCUUGAAUACAGCAAAGUUUUCUGUUGCUCACCAUAUUAACCAUAUGUCUGAAGUGCAAGCAAAUGCAGCAUUAAUUAUUAUUGUAGCCUGCAACUAGCUGGCAGUCCGCAUCAUAACAUAUUCUGAAGUCAAACUGCAUCUUCAAAACUUCAAAUAUUAGAAUAUUUCAAGCUUAAUGUUAAAUGUAGGAAGUAAAGUGCUUAGGUGACACGUGUCUUUUGAAAUCCUGUAGCAUCUCCUGUUUAAGAUUAAGUUCAGAGGCCUGACUACAUUAUUAUAUUAUGCAGUGUGUUAAAUGUUCUAUACACAUUCAAUUGUAUAAAGGAACAUUAUUCUAUAAAUUGACAUAUAUGCAUACAAACUGUCUGUUUAUCUAUGUAUAUAUGUAUCUAUUCGAGCACAAUAACACCAUGUUCUCCAUUCACAAAUACAGCCUUUAUAUUCUCCCUAUUUAGUAGGUCCUGAAUGAAUAAAAAUAACUGUUGUUUGCAUUUGCAACAGAUUUUUCUUGAUUUCUCUUUCUUCUUCUUUUUUUCUUUCUCUAUAAUGUUUAUCAUUCUUUUCCUAGGUAGUAGUGGCCUACUUGUUUUAGUCAGAUCACAGACAUAUUGUGUAAAGUACUAUUCUUUUUUUAGCUAAUGUGAGCUGGCAACCAGAUACAGUAACUAGCCAAAUUUAGAAUCAGUCUACCUAGCUAUUGUUUUUAUGAUGUAUUUAUUUCUUUUUAGGUGUCUUGUACAGCUUGAAUAUAAUUAAUAUAAAAUAUUAAUAUACAUGUUCUCCCUGCAUUUGUCUGAACAUCUUUUGGGUUCUCUUUUUUAGCCUUCUUCCCUUGUGAUAUUCUCUCUGUGUGCUAUUUUUAUGUCUCAAUCUACUUUUUAUAUAUGAAAAAUUAUUGUCUGUAAAUAAUUUUUUGUAGAUUUUAAGUUUAUUUA